UCUGUGCCAAAUGUAAACCCUGAAUUACUUAUGCAUAAAUAUUUUAUCAAAAAUAACAUAACCUACUAAUUGGUUAUCUGAUAUUACAUCAAAUAAUUUUACAAAUUAACACACUAACAUUUUAUAAAAUGGGCUGUCAUGAUGAAUGUUAUUCUCGUAUGGUUGAAAAACCAUUAGUUAUUACUGCUGAGUUAGAACUUAUCAUGCAUGUAUUACAUAAAAAACUAAGUGUUAAUGAACAAGAACAGUUGUAUCCAUUUAUACCACUUCCUAUAAUUAAUAUUGAAAUUGUUACAAAAAUAAUUGAAAAAUAUGAUUCUAUAAAUGUAUGUUAUGGUGCUGCCCCUGUUUCAAAGUAUUCAGACAUAAAAACAUCAUUUGGAAGUCAGUAUGAAACUUAUCAUGGCUACUGGAAACAUACAAAUCGUCUUAAAAUAAUCAGUUCUCAAAGCACUAUAUCUUGUUUAUUAUGUCAAAGACUUUUAUAUUCACUCAAGAAAAAAAAAACUGAGAUUAUCUGCUGGAAAACCUGUUAGAUUGUUCUUUUCGCCAUCCAAAAGAGUUGGUUUAAAGAAUUUAAAGCAAUUAAAACAGAAAUUUUUGCAACAAGCUGCUUGGGCAAAAGUAAAAAUACAAAGUUUACAAUCUUAUUUGUUUGAAAUUAAACAAAAAAUGAAUACAAUUUCAAAUACUUCUCUUUCAACUUUAAUGAACAAUUCUGGAUUGUCUCAAAUGCAAUAUGAAUUAAUUGAACAAAUAUUUGUAGCAGCUAAGGUAAAAAAUCCAAAAAGUCGUCGGUAUACAGAAAAUUGGAUGUUAUUAUGACUUUUGUUUCAAAUUUGGUAAUUUACUUAAAUACUUUUCAAAUAAGUUUUCUUGAUUAAUGUUUAUAACUAAUAUUUGUUUUCAGUUCACCUGCUGAUUA